GAGAGAGAAAGGGAGGGACCUCUUUGCCCUCCAGAAACCAGGAAGGGAAUUGAGUUGAUCUGCUGCUGCUUGGUUAGCGCAUACGGGGCUUUAAGCUGCACAACAGUGAGAGGGAGAGGAGGAGAGGAGAGGGCUGAGCUAACCCACAACAAGCUUCACCACGGCCAUCGCAGACAGGCAGACGGACAGACGGCAGGACGGAUACACGGGUGGGGGCUGUGCUAGGCGGCUCGGCGGCAGGCUGGUGGAAGAUGUCGUCAGGAGCCGGUGGGAGGGGCGGAAGGCGGCUCAGGGGGACAGCAAGCAGCGGUGGUGGAGGAGGGAGAGGAGGGGCAGGGGAGGCAGAGGAGGGCCCCGUGGGGAUCCCUUUCCCUGAGCACAGUGCAGACAUCCUUGGCAGCCUGAACAAGCAGCGGCUCAGCGGCCUGCUGUGCGACGUGCUCCUGGUUACCCAGGACCGGGAGUUCCCAGCGCACCGCUCCGUCCUGGCAUCCUGCAGCUCCUACUUCCACAAGCUCUUCACUUCAGGGGCCGCCGCCGACCAACAGAACAUCUACAACAUCGACUUUGUGGCGGCGGAGGCUCUGGGAGCAUUGCUGGACUUUGCCUACACCGCCACAUUAACAGUCAGUCACAGCAGUGUGGCUGAUAUCCUUGCCGCUGCACGCCUCCUGGAAAUCCCACCUGUCCAGGACGUCUGUACACACCUGCUGGACACCAAAGUGCUCUCCCCGCCGGCGGGCAGUGAGCGAAGAGAUGAAGAUGAAGAUGAGGAGGGGAAGGGCAAAGGAGGCAGGGAGCAGGGGAACCGGGUGCGGGCCCGGGAGUACCUGGAGUACUUCCAGAGAGGGGCGCACUGGAGCAGCAGCUGCAGCACGCCAGAGCUCAGGGACCUGCCCACACACCUGCACUUUAACCAUGGUAAUGGCGGCGCACCCAGCAACGGGGCUUCUGCUGGCCCUGGUGAGUACUACUCCCCCCUGGCCCUCGCCUUGGCCCAGGCCCCCACACAGGAUCUAGAGGAAGAGGAUGAGGAUGAUGAGGAAGACGAGGACAGGGAGGUGGUGCAGGGAAACGGAGCAAGCCUGGGCAAGCCAUCUUACUACCCUCCAUCCCAAAAUGGGCACUUCUACCUCCCUCCUGAGUCGAGGCUGGGGCAGGAGACAGAGGUGGAGGAUGGAGGUAGGGAAGUGAUGGUGAGGGAGAGAGGUUCUGCCAGUGCCCUCCUGCAGCAGAUGAUGGACUCCAUCGAGAGGCAAAAGGAGCGCGCUACAACUGGGGAGGAACAGGGAGAUGGGGACGACCCCGACAUGGAAUUUUACUUGAAUUAUUUUAACAGCUCGCAGCCUGAGGAUAUAGCUCCUGCUGCUGUGACACAGGGAGUGCCGCCGCUCUGGCUAUCACGGGGCAGAACAGGCCAAGAGAGAGUAGGAGGAGGAGGAGAGAGGGGAGUUGGGGAGAGAGGCAGUGUGGGUGGAGGAGGAGGAGGUGGAGGAGAGAGGAAGAUGCGCUCUAAGGCUUUCCAGAAAUGCCCCAUAUGCUCCAAGGUCAUUCAAGGAGCAGGCAAACUACCCCGCCACAUCCGAACGCACACAGGAGAGAAACCCUAUGAAUGCGCCAUCUGCAAAGUGCGCUUUACCAGGCAGGACAAGCUCAAGGUUCAUAUGCGAAAGCAUACAGGAGAGAAGCCUUACCUGUGUACGCAAUGUGGAGCCGCCUUUGCCCACAACUACGACCUGAAGAACCACAUGCGUGUACACACCGGCCUGCGCCCCUAUCAGUGCUCAAGCUGCUUUAAGACUUUCGUGCGCUCGGAUCACCUGCACCGCCACCUCAAGAAGGACGGCUGCAACGGCAUCCCGUCUCGACGAGGACGAAAGCCUCGGGUGCGAGAGCCAGGGCUCCUUGAUGCCCCCUUGGGCCUGCUGAGCCCCGGCUCUGACACAGGCCCUGGGCCUCGUACCAUCAGGGGACGGCGGCGUUCGGAGGCAUCCUCAGCGGCAGAGGUGGAUGGGGCUGCCGGAGCCCAUGCACACAGUCCUCCGCUGCAGGAGUUGGCAGGGGAGACAGGGCCCUGAGACUGCAGGGGCAACAAGGACACUGCUGGACACCAUAGUCACUCUGCACCGCCUGUGAGACAGGCCAGUGAACAGAAAGGAUUUAAAACAUGCAAAGGCAAACUUUAAAAAAGAACAGAACAACUAACUAUUCCUCUAUAAACCAAAUCAGGGUGUCACAAAAAUCUAAUCUUUAUAUUUCUUUCUCCUUUUACUUUAGGAAAUGGAGUAGACUUGCAAGCACUUGAGUCAGUUUAUCUGUUAAAGAGCAAAGAACGCUUCAAAUCAUGCACCCAUGACGUCCACUUUCUGGGCCAUUUCUUUCUUUAUAAUAUUAGGGGUUUUAUACAAUGGCAUAUGUGCUUAGGCAAAUGUAUGAUAGAUACAAAGAAACUCUGAGCAACUAUGCAGUUGAUUUAGAUUUUUAUUGGUUUUGUCCUCACAGCCUUCAAGCUGUAAGCAAGGUGUCUAUCAAGCACCUUCUGGCUGCUGUACGGGUGAAGCGAGGACAAAUCCUCCCAGUGAAAACAACUCUUUUUCUAUUCUUUUGCAGGUCUGAAAUGUACAGUUACCAUAGAAACAACAUUGCCACAAUAUGGCAUAUGCAAAGAAAAAGUCACCACAAUUUUGAUGCAACAGUUUUUUCUCUCUAAAUGUUCCAGAAAGAAUCAGACGAGGGUUUGAUUGAAGUGUUGCUUACUCUAUAAAAUGCAUUUUAAGAUUCUAUGGUUUGUCUUAUCGAAAAAACAAAUUGAUGUUGAGUCAAAUCCACUUUAAUGGGGGCUCUUCAAUUGCAGGACUAGGGAAAUCGAGGGGUGGAGGGUUUGUGUUUUUAAAGCACUACCAUCGUCAAUGUAUCUGUUGGCUUGACUACGUUGCCUCUUAUCCCUCACAACCCUGCAAUUUCAGCAUUUCUGUUUUCCCUUUUUUGAUUUUGUCUUAAUUUUUUUUGUCGUUCCUUUUUGUUGACUGCUUUGGGUACUUGACACUUUAUAAUUGUAUACAUGUAUAUACAGCAGGUGGUGAUAUGACAUUGGUCCCCUCUUAAUGCUGAGGUGUACUUAUCGGGUUUUUUCCUCUUAGGCUUGAUGUCAUAUUUCUGACAGAGUGAAGCUUGUGGGUGGACGAAACAAACUGUAUGAAUGUUUGAUGAAAAAGAAAAAAAAAAAAAACAUUGAGUCACCCAUUUGUCCUAAACUUAACACUUGACAUGUAUAGUUUCCUGCCCAAAGGAUGAGGGGGUCGAAUGAAUGAAUGUGCUUAACUUUGUGCAGUUUUUUCGGAAUCUGUCCUUGUGUGACAAGGCGCGGGUAGCAUUUAACCAACCGCAGGUUAAAGGAAUGGCAGGGAGCCCGAGUGAGAGAGUGACAAAGAGUACGAAGAAGAGAUAGACGAGCACCUUUUUUUUUUCUAUGUUUGCACAGCUUUACUAAAGAUAUCCAACAGAGCGAGAGUGAGAGAGAGGUAUAUUUAAAGGAAGUGGGCUGGUGUUGGGAAAGGAGUGAGAGGAGGUUUAUGUAUCAUGCUUAUUCCAAUCUUUUUGCCCUUGGGACCACACAACCGUGAGGCAACCUGUAUGAUGAAGAGAGCAAUAAAUACCUGUCCAAGUUGGGAGGCCAAAUAGGAGUGCAGCUGCAGCUGGUUGAUGGGGGAGGGGAACAAGGGAAGGGGAGGGGGAUCUCACAAUGUCUGUUGCAUUCCAAAAAAUAAUCUCCCCCAGCUCAGCCACGUUUCCAGGCAGGAGGGGAUCAAAUCAGGCCUUUUCUCUCCCUCUCUCUCCCUCUGUAGUCCUCUAAUGCCCCCGAACCAGCCUGGAGGGGAUAUUAUUAUAUUAGAGCCUGGUGUUACUGUGGGUAGGACGCCUGGUGCAGGCAGUUUUUAGUGUGUAAGUGUGUUUACAUGUACGUGUGUUUGUGUACAUGUGUGUGCGUGUGCGUGGCAGCUAGGGUCGCUCUGGCCACAUCAUCACUGUGUGAGUCAGCCACAGCCUGUUCAAACAUGCACCCUGAGCUGCCAGCCCCAAUGCACUUUCUCUGUCUCUCCCUCACACACACACACGCUCACACACUCACACAGUCUCACUCUCACUGGGUCCAGGUAUCCUGUGGAGAAGGGGAAAACACCAGAGCUGACAUAUCUGUUUGAAUAUUGUCAGUGGCUCCAUACAUCUGGAUUUGUUAGUCUUAAAUUAAGCAAGCAUUAAUGAGAAGUUGUGUUAUUGUACUCCAAAUCCAAUGUUAUUUUCCAAACUAGGACGUUGAGCCUUUGAGUAAAGAACAGAACAUGCAUGUGAUUCAGAGCCCCCACCCCCCUAUACUUUCUGCAGUAGUGCUGUAGUUCAACUAUCAGUCCUUUGCACCUUAAUUGGAAAGAGGAAGUUUAUGAAUGCACUUUGUUACUGAGGAGGGCACUUUUGUCAACGAAACGGGUACUUUGAAACAAACCAGUUGCAAAUGAGAUCAUUCCUUUCGUCUGUCCAUGGUGAAGCUGAGCUCCAUCACUGGUUUUGUUCAGGUUUUGACGACAAGCUGCCAAAAAAUUUAAACACACGAAUUCAGAUCUCUAAAAGAGACGCCGGGUGGAUUCAGAUACAAACACGUUGGGUUUUGUGACCUUUGAGAAAAAGAAAAAAGAAAAAGAAAAAACGACUAAAUUAAUCCAUGUAACUGAUUGCACUUGAAGUUAGUUGUUAAAAGAAAUCUAGUGAGUCUUUGUGUCUUAAUGUAAAGGAAGAAGAUAGAAGGGGGGAGGCAGGCGAAGAAGAAAGGGCACUGUGUGUACGCGUGUGUUUCUUCCGUGCAUGUGCACAAGCGUGUUUUGCUGGCUGGCAGGCUGGAGGGUCUCAGGACAAGCUUGGAUAAACAAACUCCGUGUCUACCCCAUCUGUUCACCAGCUACUCUCAUAACUACACGUGUUCUCUGAGGAACCACAGUGAUAAUAGGUCCACGGUACCACAGAAGCAAAAAUACCAUAUUGUAAAACAACUCAUUGGACAGUUGCUUGUUUACUUCACGGCUCUCUCGGUGCAGAUUUACAUAGCUCUUCGUUUACCCUCAUCGGUCAUUGUCAGGGGUUGGUUAGGUGUUGAGAGUUUUAGUUUCUAUUUUUGCUACUCUGUUAUGAUAAAGAUGGGGUUUAUUAAUGCACAGUUUGACUCCCGCAGGCAGACCAAUAUAAGCUGGGUAUGUCUGCCUGGUUUGUGAUCUUUAUGUAGUGGUACUUGGUAUGGACUGCUUAAACCCAUUUUGUCUCAAUGUGGCAGAAGUGAGCCAUCUUAAAUAUAUGUUUGUUUGGACCUUAAUAUUUCCCCAAAAAGUCUUAUGUUGUUUGUCGAUUAACCAAAGCUUUUUUUCCCCUCAGUCUUAGUCUAUUGCAGACUAGAGAUAUUGAAAGUAUGUCUAUAAUUUAUUCAGACUGGGCCUCCCUGACUAAGCCACACACAGAUGCCCUCCUCUUGAAUACAUAUGCAGAAAAGUGUGUGGAAUCAUACAGAUAUUUACUUGAGUUCGCUUUCUCUCGCUCUUUGUAUCCUUGUGGAGAAUAGAAUCAGAGGUUUAAGGAUGUAUUGUUUUUUUUCUGUCUGUCUACACUCGUUUUUUUCUUAAAAUGACGUGUUGUUCUACAGCUAUUUUUUUUUCUAACAAUUUUACAUGGCUGUGCGUGUGUGUGUAAGCGUGUGUAUGCGAGCAAGUUUGUGUGUGGGUGUGGGUGUGUUUGGGUUGGGGGUCAUGGUUUUGGGUUGCUGUGCCAGGAGGGUGGGGUAAAUGGGUGCUUGGGUGGGGUUAUGGAUAUAAAGCCUGAUAGCACUGGAAAUGGUGCUUUAGCUGAGAGAGCAAAAGUUUGCACUAAUGUUAAAUGUCCUUGUCCUGCUUAUGGGAAAAGGGCAGGAGACCUCAGAAAGGCCUGCGAGUUUCCAUGAGCACAGAGCAGUGUGGUUAAUACUCAGUGGUCUCAUAAAGAGUCCAUCCAACCCCUCCAUAGAAAUAAUCAUGUACAGUAUAUUAAGAAAUAUACAGACGUCCAACAACAACAAAUACCAAAGGAGAACAAAUGGCUUGCUGUCAAGUCAUUGGACAUUUUUAAGCUACCAAUCUAAUGUUGGAUUAAUAGUGGUUUAUUGUUAAAUCUGAAGGCUCUUAAAGAGAUUCUGGAUGUAACUUUAGAUGGAAACUACAAGUGGUGUGAUGACAGAAAAUUAUGUUUGCUCUUUAGAUUAAGAAAUAUUCCAAAUAUAAAACUUUUAGGUUCUUGAAAGUAGCAAAGUCUCCGAGAAAAAUAUUCAAAAUAUUUGAGUUUGUCCUGAACUGAUAGCUGAGAUGUACUGUGUGCAGGUGCCAGAGAUGCUUUGUUCAAUUUCAGAGAUGGGAUUUUAUCAAAUUUUUUUUUAAUGUUCAGUCAACUGAAUAAUAAUGAAAUGAUAAUGAAAAAUAUUGUUACUGUUAAACACUGUUAUUUUGAUCAUUGAUGAAUUGAAUGAAAGAGGUUUAAUUCAAUUGAAAAGUUCUCUAGUUGAAGCAGACUUGGACUCUGUGGCCUUGUCUGUCUAAGCAGCACUAAGCUUUUUUUUAUUUUAUUUUUUCUUUCCAGACAGUCGUAUUGUGCGGUGUAGGGCUGAGGCUCCCACUCACCAGGUGGACAAUGCAAACAUCAAGGGCCGCAGUGUGCCUUACGUGGACAGGGACUGACGAAACUCAACUUCUUUUCUCUUUUUCUUUUUUAUUACCAUAUUUUAAAAAACAAAAGAUAAAACUGAUUGGCUCGGUACUGAGAUUGAUCGUUUAGCUGUAUAAGUUUCUGUACUAGCCACAACUUCAGAGCUGUCUCAGCCUCUAUAGAUCCACAACUGGUGUGUGCCCACAGCCUCAGCCCCAGACCAAGGUUACUCUGACACAGGCUACACUGUCUCAGAACACUUGCAAGUGUUUUUCCAAAUUGACCUUGAUGUCUUUCUUUUUUUCACUAUGCUGUUAUCAAAGAUUUUUGGUGAAUCUAUCUGAGAAGGCCAUAAAACAAAGACGACCAACAACUAUGAUAACAAUUCUAACUGUAAAUAAUCAAAACGAAGCAGGACGGGGUGACUGUUAAUAUUGAGAUUCAGGAGAUUCAAAGGGGGACUAUUUGCUUUGCUUCGUCAUUUUUCCUGCACACCUGAUUUUUUUUGUGUGUGUGUGUUUUCCAUCAGGCUCUUGAUGCACAGCAAGCUGAGCGCAGCAUAUGCAGUACGGCACUAUGCACAGUGUGGCUCUGGCACUUACACAGACAGCCCUGGGUCCUUCAGAGAGGCAGGCUGCUGUCUGUUGGCUGCUCUCAGCCAAGUGGGGACAGUUUGCACUUGGAGUCUUUCUCAGUCUCUGGGGAUACAAAGGUUGGCAUACAGGGAGGAGUAUUAAAUAUGGGUGGUAGGGGAAGGCUGGAUGUUGUUUUCAGGGAUGAGGUUAGAAAGCCCAGGUGACGGACUUAUUUGCUGAGCAAUGGUUCAGUGCCGGUCCUGUAAGCUAGUGGGAAUUGCAAGGCCACAAUAUGACAAGAAUUGUAAUACAAAGGAGGUCACCACAGAUUUCACAUUGGGGAACGGCAACAAGGAGAAUGUUGCUGAUCUCUUUUGUCUCUAUGUAAGUACUACUCAGGUGGAAAAUACACUGCUAUGCAUUGGGUUUCAAUGUCUGCUAAGUUUAUGGUAUGUCUAAUCACCCUCCAAGUUCUUUCUCUGUCUUCGCCUUUCUUGUUCAUACCAAUAUUUAACAUAAUAGUUCCCAGAAAGAUAAAAGCAGGAACAGUUCCCUCAUUGUAAAGUGGCUGUGACCAGCCUAUUUCUCCAUCUAGUAUUGAUCCAGUCAAUUGUUUGUUGGAGGGAGGGAAGCCACUGGAGAUUCAGUCUUAUUAGUCAGACUGUAACGUUUCUGAAAGGAGAUGGGGUUUGGAAAAAGCAUAGGGGAGGUGUGUGUUCUCUUACUUUCUUCUCCCAUUGGUCUCCCUGUCUCUGGACUCUGGAGUCUACAUCUUUGCUGCCGACUGGCCUUUGAUCAAAGAUCACACACCCUCAGCAGGGGAAUCGACAGGAGAGAAAGGAGGGAGAGGGGAUUGGGAUGAGGUAUGGAGGAAGAGACAGUUUUCAGUUUUCAGUCACCUAAAACCAAUUUAGGAUACAUUCCAUAACUUCAUACUGUGAUUCUCACUUUGGAGUUUUUGGCAGGUGGGAAGGAUGUGAGUUGGAGACGGCAGAAGGAAAUGGCCAACACUUUGCAGUUGGCUGUUUCAGUCUGUCCGUCCAGCCUCACUAUCCCUCUACUGUGUGACAGACAGACAUGUAGACAGACAGUUCAAAAGCCCCCCAGCGUAUCGCUAUCCAACUGCCUUUUUUCAGCUUCUGCGAUUGUAACAAAAGCACUUUGCGAAAGGCCAUCCUGAAUUUUGUGUGCUUUUAUUUUAUGGUUAUCACUAUUGUUAUUAUUUUGUUGUUCCUGUUGAUGUUUGUUUUUUUUUCUCUCGGUGCAGAUGAUUAUUUAAAUGCAAUUUUAAAAAACAAAACAAAAAAAAAAACAACAACAAUAUGAUGGAAAAAGAAAAAAAAA